UUAAUAAAUUAAUGCAGCAGGAAAGUCUGAGGAUCCCGCGAAUUCGAGAAGAUAAGGCAGAAAAUGGACCUGCUGGAGAAGCAGUCGAGAGACUUUUCGCUUUUUCUUGCUUUCCGAUCCUAAUGGGAGCCGAAGCCCAUGAAACUUACCCUUAGCUUCCUUCCCCGCUUUAGUCAUGAGCAAUGGGACACCGUCCCUGCAGCAAUAAUAACUUAUUCGCGUGGGAUAGAUCCCUGGAGGAAGAAAUCAAGGGCAUCAAAACAUCGGCCAGCGGGAAAACAACAUCUCCGGAACAAUGCAGCAAAAUGCGGAGGAUCGCGAAUUCCUUUGGAUGUAACUGAGGGGGAUAACCCUAAAAGACCGAGGAGAUUAGCCCCCGGGUUUCUUUCCCCCCACAUGGCCAAUUUAUUCUCGUGGCAUUCUGCAUGGUCCAGACGCCCGGUGAGAGCGCUGGGGUUCCACUGAAAGAAAGGGAGCUCUUCUCUUCUUUGCAGGAAUCUGGCUCGCUUCAACGAGGCUGUUUUAACACGGAGAGCAGCGCGGGAGUUUAGAGGCCAAUUUUUUUCUCUCCAAGGUGCUAGAACGUGGGGGAGGGGGGGCGGUUUGCUGUCCAGGGUCCUGAAUUCCCAGCGCCUCAUCGGUCCGAGCUCAGCGUCUUCCUCUUUGCCCGGGCGUCUCUAACUACAAGGAUUGUAUAGAAAAUUAACAAAGAGGAAAAUUUCCACCAUUUUACUCAGUCUGGCAUUUAUUUAUUAUUAUUACUGUUCUUGUUUUGUUGCUAAGUGCCAAUUUAUUGUGCUGACUUGUGGACUACAAAUCCAUCCGAUCUGAAAAAAUGUGUAACCUCAAUGCAUUUGGAGUCUACCUUUGGGAGACCGUAGUAUUCUUCAGCCUCGCCGCUUCCAAAGAAACUGGAGCAGCAGCUCGAUCCGCUCCUAAACUUAUGUCCCCUUCAGAUUUCCUGGAUAAAUUGAUGGGAAGGACGUCAGGAUACGAUGCCAGAAUCAGGCCUAAUUUUAAAGGUCCGGCAGUGAAUGUAAGCUGCAAUAUUUUCAUCAACAGCUUUGGAUCUAUUGCAGAAACAACAAUGGAUUACAGAGUGAACAUUUUCUUGCGGCAGCAAUGGAAUGAUCCCAGGCUGGCUUACAAUGAAUAUCCAGAUGAUUCCCUAGAUUUGGACCCAUCCAUGUUGGAUUCCAUCUGGAAACCUGAUCUGUUCUUUGCUAAUGAGAAAGGAGCUCACUUUCAUGAGAUCACUACAGAUAAUAAACUCCUGCGGAUCUCCAAAAGCGGCAAUGUCCUAUACAGUAUCAGAAUAACCCUGACUCUGGCUUGUCCCAUGGAUCUAAAGAACUUCCCUAUGGAUGUCCAGACGUGUAUUAUGCAACUAGAGAGCUUUGGUUAUACAAUGAAUGAUCUGAUAUUUGAGUGGCAAGAGAAAGGAGCUGUGCAGGUUGCUGACGGAUUAACCCUGCCACAAUUCAUCCUGAAGGAAGAAAAGGACUUGCGCUACUGCACAAAACAUUACAACACAGGCAAAUUCACCUGCAUAGAAGCCCGUUUUCAUCUGGAGAGGCAGAUGGGUUACUACUUGAUCCAGAUGUAUAUUCCCAGCCUGCUGAUUGUAAUUCUUUCCUGGAUCUCUUUCUGGAUCAACAUGGAUGCUGCACCUGCCCGAGUUGGUCUGGGUAUCACUACAGUGCUCACAAUGACCACACAAAGUUCUGGUUCUCGAGCAUCUUUGCCCAAGGUCUCCUAUGUUAAAGCCAUUGACAUCUGGAUGGCUGUGUGCCUGCUGUUUGUGUUCUCAGCUCUGCUAGAGUAUGCUGCUGUUAACUUUGUGUCCCGGCAGCACAAAGAACUACUCAGGUUCAGAAGGAAAAGGAGGCACCACAAGGAGGACGACACUGGAGAGGGCAGGUUCAAUUUUUCCGCCUACGGGAUGGGACCCGCCUGCCUGCAAGCCAAGGACGGCAUCUCAGUCAAAGGAGCCAACAACAACAAUACCACCAACCCAGCGCCGCCCCCUUCCAAAUCUCCCGAUGAGAUGCGCAAGCUUUUCCUCCAGCGAGCCAAGAAAAUAGACAAGGUCUCGCGGAUUGCCUUCCCCAUGGCUUUCCUCAUCUUCAACAUUUUUUACUGGAUCAUCUACAAGAUUGUCCGAAGGGAAGAUGUCCACAAGCCAUGA